AUGAAUUCAACAACGACCGAGAAGACCGUCGAGAGGCUGCGUGGGGUGUUCGCAUCGUAUGGCCUUCCAGAGGAGGUUGUUACGGACACCGGGCCUCAGUUCACGGCAAAGAGUUUCACAGAGUUCCUGCUUAAGAACGGAGUGCGGCACGCCAGAACACCUCCAUACCACCCUGCGUCCAAUGGGAGCGCCGAGAGAUGCGUCCAGACGGUGAAACGGGAUCUUACGCUACAGCUUCUCGACGAAAGGUCAUCGGGCCAGAGUAAGACCCUAGAGCACCGCAUAGAUCUCUUUCUGUUCAGGUACCGGAACACACCGACCACAACCACGGGGCAGACACCGGCAGAACUAUUUUUGUCGUGGUCGCCCCUGUAG